UUUGAAAAAAUUCGUACCCAAGUUUUGAUUUUUUCAUUGCCAAGUGAAUUGGGAAAAUUUAUUAAGAAAACAAUAUUUUCUAUAAUUUUACCGAACGCGAGUGAUAAAGAGAUUCGAAAUUGUACGCUUGUUUGCAGUGAAUCAAUAAACCAAAAAUAUGGAUGCAAAACGUCGUAACCCAAGCACUUCCAGCAUAACGCAUCAUCCAAAAAGUGCCGAACAUCAAGCUGUGCAUGUCAAAAGAAGUAAAGCAAAAGUUGUGAAAAAUCCCAGCGAAGUAAGUCUGACGCCCAGUCAAAUAGCCGAACAAGAUAAACUGGUGGGUCGCAAGAAUCCUUUGGAUGCCUUGAGUAAAGUAAAUGUACGCCAGCAAAUGACAGAACGUCGUUCGGGUCUACAAGAGGUGGAUGAGGAAUAUCUGAAGCAGAACGUUUUUCAAAAGACACAAUUUCAACGAAAUGCGGGUUUAAAUGAAGCAAAUGACUCCCAUCAACAUUUUGUAACGUCAGUCCAUGCAGCCGGGCAACCUUCAAUUACCCACAACGAAACUUAUUCUCCAAACGUAAAUUCAAAUCAAUCUCAAGCGCAACAGCAGCACCAACAGAUGAAUCAACAACGCGACAAUACUGUAUCAAUUUCAGGAGACAAUCAAGGCAAUCUGAAUAAGACAUCCGUACCGGCAAGUCACCAACAUCAGCAACAAAUGUCAUCAAAACCGUGUACAGUGCCAACUCAACAGAUACUCGCAAACACUCAUCAUCAACAACACUCAACAUACCAUCAGCAAACACCUUCGGCCAUGUCGCCAUCACCUUUUAAUGCCUCAUCUAUGCCUGAACCUGAGAUGUGCACCACUUGUCCCAAUUGCCAGACAACAAUAUAUCUGGUGCCAGCACAGACGACGAACCCAACUCAACAGACAAGUUAUGAAGCACAAUCGUCUGCAGCGGCUGCCACAAAUGCACAGUCUGAGGCUCAAGCAGCAAGGGGACCAAACUGAAAUUGUCAGCAAAUGAUUCUUGUAACUCAAAAUUAUUAUUGUCGAUAUUUUUUUAAUUAUUAUUUGUCCUUGUAUAAAUAAAUUGAUUAAAAUUAUUGUUAUGAAGGAGGCUAACAUCGCAAAA